GAACGAGUGUUUGAUAACAGUUUUUGGUAAAAAAAGCCCAAACAAACAAAACAAAAAAACAAAAAAAAAAAAACCCACUAGAAUUAUGGAGCCUGCCCUUCGUUUUGAACAUCGAUGUGUCGUCUUACAGAAUUGAUGUUAACAGCUUUUUUUCUGAGCUUCAGUCCCAGGCUGCUGCCUUUGUCUUGUGCCAAGAAGCCAGGGCACCCACCCACCCUUGGCAUUCGUGUCCAUGCAGUGCAGAGGAACUGAGGCACUAAUACCUUGAGACCUUCAGUUUUAUGCUUUCUUGACUUGCUGAACAGUAGCCCAGUUCUCCAGGACUUGCAGCAGUGUGAAAUGUAAUCAGGGUGUUGGUGCAUUUUGGUAUCGGAAUGAUGACUACUGCAGAAGUUGUCAAGAAGAAGCAAAAUUACACCAGUGUGCAUGAAGCAGUGAAAGCUGGGGAUGUAGAACAGCUUGCAUCGAUGAUAAAAAGUGGAGCCAGUAUUAAUGAGGUGGAUGUAGUUCACAAAUUCACACCCUUGCAGUGUGCUGCCCACUCGGGAAGUCUGGAGUGCCUUCAGUGGCUGCUCUGGCAUGGAGCUGACACCGCGCGUGUGACUGUGAGAGGCUGGACAGCGGCUCACCUGGCGGCCAUCCGAGGGCAGGAUGCCUGCAUGCAGGCCCUGCUACUGAACGGAGCGGACGCUGCAGCUCGGGACGAGCGCGGGUGCACGGCCUCGCACCUGGCUGCAGCCCACGGGCACUCGUACACCCUGCAGACCCUGCUGCGCACCGGCGCGGAUGUAAAUGUUUCAGACAGGAAUGACUGGAAACCUGUUCAUUAUGCUGCUUUUCACGGUCGCUUGGGGUGUUUGCAGCUUCUUGUUCGAUGGGGAGCGUGUGUAGAUGAUGUGGAUAACAAUGGAAACCUUCCAGCACAUCUGGCAGCAGUGGAAGGACACUUGCAUUGCUUUAAGUUCUUGGUCAGGAAAAUGGCCAGUGUUACGCACACUCUGAAAGCCAGGAAUGACCAUGGAGAGACUCCAAGGGACUUGGCUGAACGGUUCUACAAGGAUAAUAUUCUGCAAUAUAUUGAUGGUAUGGAAAAAGAGGAGGAACAUCCAGAGACACAGGAAGUUUUAGCUUUCCCAGCUCAUGAUGCUGCUUUCAACGGGGACUUACUAGUGGUUAGAAGACUAGUGAGAAGUGGAGUAAUCAACAUUAAUGAGCGGGAUGAUAAGGGAUCCACUCUCCUGCACAAAGCUGCUGAACAGGGGCAUAUCCAUUGCUUACAGUGGUUGGUUGAAAUGGGAGCUGACUGUGACAUUACAAAUGAUGCUGGAGAGACUCCAAAGGAUGUAGCCAAGAGAUUUGGCCAUCUGGCAGCUGUGGAACUUUUGGCACCAAGAACUGGAAACAGUAACUCUAGUGAGGAAGAACUAGAUGCAAACAACAUCAAGUUUUUUGAAACACAUGGUGUGGAAGGGAGUACAGAUAGCAAAGAAGAUUUAACCCUGGAUAAAGCAGAGAAAAGGAAUGCACGUGCAUGUCUCCUCCUUGCAUUUUACCUACCUGGAGAACUCUGUCUUACAGUAAGGGCCUAUCACAAGAUUAAAGAACUUCAGAGGCUUCUAGAAAUUGCCUACAGCAACUACAGACAGCUGGGAGGAGUAACUGAAGAGGAGAGGAAGACGAGAAAAGAAGAAAGGAAAGUUGAGAAGGCCGUGAGGGAGCUGGAGGCCCAGCUGGAAUUUGAGCGAGUCAGGCGGGAGAAGCUGGAGAGCCAGCUGGAUGAUUACCGUGCUGAGAUAAACCAGCUCCGAGAGGGCCGGGGAAAAACCCGCACCGCCUCUGCUGCCUCUGCGGAAGCUGAGACAAUGGCCCAGUCGUGCAAAGAGGAAAAUAAAGAAGCAGUCAGCCUGCAGCCCAGGAGGAGUGCGACUGCACUGAGGAACAAACCUCAGAGGGGCAGCAGACUGGAGAAGAAAUUAGCUGCAAACAGAUGGAAGAAUUAACAACUCUAGAGCAGAGCCUCCUAAACCUCCCAGAGUGCUGCAGGUGUGACAGAACAAUUCCAGAAGCCAAGGGCUGGUCGCAGAUGCUGGACCCUGCACAGCAGCAGUGCUGAGAUGGGAGACCCAAGACAGCAGCCUAAGGAGCCACGUUUUCAGGGACACAUCCCAACAGCUAUGCUGGAUACUUCAGAGCACCACAGGCUACAGGGGCUUGUACUACUGUCACCCAGCCACUGGAAACUGCACUACAGGCUGCACCAGGGCUCACAUUCGACAUCUCAGAUUUCCCAUGGAACCAAAAUGACAGUGAAUUUGAAAAUGAGCUGUCAAACAUGGCAGCACUCCUGAAACCUGACAAGUUGUCCUUUGGAUUUGUUAUGCUGCUGUUUCAAUUAGUGUCAGAAUAAAGCUAAUUACAUUUGCCUUUGAACUUAUUCUCACUUCCAAAUAUAAUGCAUUACUCUCUUUUUAUCCAGCUCCUACACAAUAAAAACUUCACUGGUUAAUGUACAUAUUGAGAAGACUAAUCUCAAAUUAUGUUUUUGAACAAGCAGAAAUUUGUUCUGCUUGGAGGGGAAAAGUACAAGUCCUGCCACACAGAAACUGUGUGUCUCUGUGAAGACUCAGUGGGAGGCAGAACUGGUCACUCUCAGACCAGUCCUGAAUGACAGCAAACUUUCAGGCUAAUAUAAAUGACCUCAGCAAAACUUCUGUAGCAACUCCAUCAUAUCAAUGGCUGCUGCAGCAAGCAGAGGUACUGUCAAACUGGGUAAGGUAUUAAGGCUUUUAGGUUUUUUUUAACCAUGUCCAUAUUUGUCCUAAUCCCAGUUCUGGGCACAAUCCUAGUCCCACGGUGGCAUGCUCCCAGCUCUCCUGUGUUCUCUGUCACAUUUCUUCCAGCUGGAGGGGGAAAGGGAGAUCUCCUCCACCCAAUCCCAGUUAUCUGCUGCUACAGCUGACCUCAUUUAGCAUAUACUCCUAAACAGAAUUUUAUACAGCCACAAUCUGGUACCAGUACUCACCUCCUUGCCUGUC